GGGAACGCGAACGCCAGGGUCGCCCCGAGCGGCCCUCCUCUCUGGGCCCGACUCGCGGGAACCGCACUAGGGCGUCAGCCGUCCCAGUCCGCCAGAACGGCCCGCCUUUGCUGAGCCAGGGCCUCCGGAGGCCCGUGUCCGGCUCCUGGGGCCCCCUUGUGGACAGGGGCAGCGCGGGGGCGGCAUGGAAACCACGACCGUGAAAGGUGGCACGGCGCCUGCGCCAGCUGACAUGACCCCAAGGAGAGGAGAAGAUGAGGCCACCCUCGAGUCCCCCUGGAAGCUACCUUCCCGAAGCCAGCUCCCUUUGGAGAGCCGUCGAGGAGGGGGUGUUCCCCAGGGUUGGUUGUGUGGUGAUCUUCCUCUCGAGGGAAGGCCCCGACCUAGCCAAGAUCGCUCCCCAUUCCUGGGUCUGGUCAGGUUGUCCGUCCUCCCUGCGCACGGGAGGCCUCUCCGCGGCGCGAGAUGCUGCCGGGGCGCUUCGCAGGCCAGCUGUGCUGGCGCAGCGGGCACGCGUCGGAGGGCAUGGGCGCGCCUUGCCCGGCGAUUGCGUCCGAGCUCGAACCAGCGGCGCCGCAGUUCUAGGCCUUUCAGGUGUUGCAGGAUCGGCUCCGCGACAGGGGCGUGGAGCUGUACGACAAGGAGAGGGAGUGGCGGGCGAAAGACGGCCGACGGGGCCCCCUGUUCACGGCCGGCGCGGCGGAGUGCAUCCUGUCCGACGCCGAGAUCCAGAACCAGAUCGCCCAGCGGGAGGAGGCGCGGAAGAGCAAGGACUUCGACUCCGCCGACCGCAUCCGCGAGGCGCUGCGCCAGAUGGGCGUGGAGCUCGUGGACAAGGAGCCCGACUCCUCAAGCCGUACAGACUCAAGUCGGGCGGCCUGUGCUCAGUUUCGGAGCUGCGGGGCUGACAACUUCUGACGCAACGAAGAUGGCUUCCGUGAGGCUGCUCGCCCUGGCGCUGCUCGGCGCCGCCGCGGCGGAGAAAGCGUCGCCCAUCGGCAAGGUCCUGGAGAUGAUCUCGGACCUGCAGGCCAAGGUCAUCGGCGAGGGCGAAGCGUCCCACGCGGUGUUCGCGGAGUUCUCCGAGUGGUGCGAGGACCGGGCCCGCGAGCUCGGCUUCGAGAUCAAGACGGCCGAGGCGGAGGUGGCCGAGCUCAAGGCCUCGGUCGAGAAGGAGACUGCCAACAUCGAGAUGUUCAGCGCGAAGGUCGAGGACCUGGCGGGCGAGCUGGCCAAGGACACCGCGGACCUCAAGGCAGCAACAACCAUCCGCGAGAAGGAGCAGGCGGACUUCGAGGCGGAGGAAGGAGAGCUGAUGGAGAUCGUGGACACGCUGAAGCGGGCCAUCAGCAUCCUCGAGCGUGAGAUGGCCAAGGCUGGCGGCGCCGCGUUGGUGCAGCUCAAGAACACGGCGAGCGUGACGCAGGCCCUUUCCGUGAUGGUGCGCGCGUCGUUGCUGAGUUCCACGGACGCCAGCAAGCUCAGCGGGCUGCUGCAGACCAUGAACUCGGAUGACGACGACUCCGGCGCCCCGGCGGCGUCGACAUACGAGGGGCACAGCGGAGCACCGGUGCACACGCCCGUCCCGGCCUGGGCCCGGGACGGGCCUGGCCUGCGCCCGGCGGCGCGGCCCGAGCGCCGCCUGCUGGCUCCGGCCGGGGAGAGCCGCCCGUGGCGCUGGAGCAGCGUGGGCCUCGAGAGGUCGCUGCGUUUCCGCGCCGCCGCGGCCUCCUCCCGCAGCUUGGCGCCGCUCGAGAAGCCGGGCGUGGCAGCAUCGAAGGAUCUCGCUUCAUCUGAGACCGCAAAUAUCGGCAUCGAGAUCCCCAUGGAGUGCUUCAUAGCCCUCCCCGAGGCGGACACGUACGCCCUGCGGACGAUCAUAGCCGACGUGUUACGAGCACAGCUGGUAACAGAGAAUCUCAGCACAGUAGAGGUGACUGCACCAUCCGUGCUAAGAAUGCUCCGCACGAACUCCUCGAGCGGCUCCCUGCGUGUUGCAGUCGAACCUCGGAUCAUCUUUCGGGCCUCCGUGCGCUACGCCAACGCGAGCAUCUCUGCCGUAGAGUCGUCCCUGUCGUCGAGCUACUUGGGAGCCAACAUCGUGGUAGCGGCAGAGGAGGAGCUCCCUGGCUUUCGGAGCGCUUGCGGUGGUGGGCCCCGCGCUCUCAGCGUGGUUCCCCGUGGACUGUCGCUCGCCGAUCUGAUGCCAGCUCACCGGGACGACUUUGAGCGCGUAGAUGACAGCUCUGCUUCUGCCCCCGGCGGCAGCUGGCCGCGCUGGCUGCCCCCGGCGCUGGUCGCUUCGGGCGGCACGGUCUGGGUGGUGGCGGCCCUGCACUUUGGGCGCUCCCUGCUGAAGGAGCGCCUCGGCGCGGCGACGCCGCACAAGCCGCAGCUGUGCCCCGACGGCCGCGCCGAGCCCGACCGCCACGACGUCGACGCGAUCGUGGUGCCCGGCGGCGGCCUGAUGCCCUGCGGGGAGGCCCCGCCGUGGACGGAGGAGAGGCUGCUGGAGGCCAGGGCGCUGUUUGAAGAGGAGCAGAUCGCGAGGACCUUUGGGAAACCGCGGCUCGUGGCCCCCACGAUCGUGACUCACAAUGCCUGGAAUCCAACCGCCCCGAACCGUGGCAACUACUUCGGCAGCGGCGAGACCUGCGAGGCGGACGUGUGCGCCCGCUACCUGCACGAGAGGUGUGGCGUGCCCAAGCAGGCCGUGUGGCCGGACAUUCUCAGCUUCACGCUCAUAGGUAACGCGUACUUCUGCAGGAUGAUGUUCGUCGAGGCCCGCGAUAUGCGGCACGUCGCGGUCGUCACCAACCGCUUCCAGAUGAAGAGGGCCAAGGCGGUCUUCGGCAAGAUCUUCUCCCUGCCGCCCCUGCCCCACGGCCGGGAGGACUGGUACACGCUCUCCUUCCGAGAGGCCGCCGACGCGGGCCUGGAGCCGGAGGAGCUCGCGGCACUGCGGGAGCAGGAGAGGCUCGCGCUGCGGAAUUUCGAGGCGCUGCAGGAUCGCUUCACGACCGUCGAGGCGGUGCACCGCUUCCUAGUCGGCGUCUUCGACGAUACCAGCUCCCAGCUCGCCUCGGCCUCCGCGCGGUGUGCUUAA